AUGUUCUCCUUUCUCCAACAGUUGAUGAACUUGAAGAGUUCCCAGGCCUUCUGUGAAGUCUAUAUUGAGAUGGCAGAAAACGCAAGUGCUUCCCAGCCAGGACCCUGUAAUACCCAGCUUUCCCCUUUGGAGUCCAGCCAGCUUGUCUCAGGUCAGAACACAGAGAUGCCUACCUGCAAACAAACAGUGAUGACAUCUGCAUCCUGUAGCAUACAGGACACAGCCUGUACUCAGAACUCAACAGCAAACCUGGGAAAAGUCAUUGAUUUCCAUUUUGGAGAGCCAGAUGAGACUGCUUCUGUAAACCAGCAAGAUGUGUCUGCUGAGCAGAAAAAAUCCCCUGAAUUCCCUCAGCUUAUGCAGAUCAACAGCACCCCCAAGACAUGCCUCCCUUCUGGGGAGAAGACAGCAGUACUUGAUACCAGGGAGACUCUCUACAAUGAAGGCUCCUGGAUGAGGACACUGAGCCCUGACAAGACUCUCUUUAUCCAAACUGCAGUCACGUGUGAGAGUCAGAGGAUUGCCUUUGGUAUUCAUCAAAUUUCUCUCUCUGGAAUCCGUGCAGACCAGGAACCAAUUGUGGAUCACCUCCUUGCUUCUGUAUGUGACCAGACCUUUCGUGGUGAGCUUGAGAUAACUUUAAGAGAUGACCAGGUCUCCUACUACAGUCAUAUGACAACCAGGAAUGGAGGGCAUCUGACUCUCUAUGGGAGUCAGAUGGUAGCACCCAGUUGUAGUCAGGCCCCUCAUCCCAAUCAAAUCAUAACNUCCUUUUCUGAACAGAAUUCUUUUGGAGAUCAGCAGAGUAACCCAGCAGCUGAUAAAGGAAUCUAUGGAGAUCAGGUGAUGUUGCCGAAUGGAGGAUACCAGGUUUUCUGUGAGCCUCAGAUGAGAGCUAACUGUGACCAAACAAAUGACCAAAUGAAAUCCUUCAGGGGUCAGAAUGUCUGCAAAGGUCAGGAGAAUCUCCUCAGAGGUGAGCACUCCCUCUCUGGGUAUCAGACAUCAGACUACAGAUGUGACCAGGGUUUGAUUGUGAAUCCCCAGGCGACAAGUUCAAUUGGUGGCCAGCCUCUCUCUGACUUUCAGAUACCAACCUCUAAUGUUGACACAACUCUUCAUGGGUCUAAGAGGACAAGAUCCAGUGCAGAAGACAACCUGGAUUGCCCUUUGGAGACAAGUCCCAGUUCUGAAGAGACAUUCUUCUUGGGUCAGAUGAAGACCUCUGUUGAUCAAGAUGUUUACCCAAGUCAGAAUGGAACACUCAAUAUUGAAGAAAGCCUUGAUCCUCGGGUGACUUCACUUAGUAACCAAGCNCCAUAUGUGGGUGAAUCCUCAUAUCCUUCAGGUUCCCCUUUGAUUCAUAAACAACCUCAGAAAAACUCUUCAGCUUCCAGUUUGGUCCAAGGACCGCAUCCAGAGAUGAAGUUAGACCUCAAGCCCCAGAGCCCUGUGUCCCAGAAGAACCCUCAUCCUUUGAAAUACUACUCCUGUACCUACAAGAACUGUCAGAAAUCUUACAAAAGUGCUCAACACCUCAAUGACCACAUGAAGAAACACACUGGUGAGAAGGCUUAUGCAUGCAAUAAACCUGGGUGCACAUGGAAAUUCUCCAGGUUAAGAGAUUUCAAGAGACACAAACAAAAGCACAGUGGGGUGAGGCCCUACCCAUGUCCCAUGUGCAACAAAGACUUUGCCAGAUUGGAGUACCUCAAGCAGCAUGUGAGGCACCAUAUUAAAGUAUCACCCCCCACUGCAACCUGA